UUAAUCAUUCAUCUCAUUCUCACUCUCACAUCCUCCACACAACAAAAAAACACUAUCCAAUAUCCUAGGGUGAAAAUGAAGGCAUCACACAUUGCUUUGUGCACUUUGGUGGUGCUGUUUCUGGCUCAAGUUCAAGUGUCAAUGGCAGUAACAUGCAGCCCAGUACAACUUAGCUCAUGUGUGAGUGCAAUCACCUCUUCAACUCCUCCAUCUAACCUAUGCUGCUCCAAGAUCAAGGAACAAAAACCUUGCCUUUGCCAAUACCUCAAGAAUCCCAAUCUUAAGAAGUUUGUUGACUCUCCCAAUGCAAGGAAAGUUGCUAGCACUUGUGGGACUCCAUUCCCAAGGUGCUAAUUAAGUGUUACAACUUGAAGAGGUUUUCUACGCCUACUUAUCAUGCAUAUUGAUCCAAGUGUUCU